UACUGAUGACUAUCAUCCUAUUUAGCACAUUGUGAAGUUGAUAGCGUGAGACGAAGAACAAGACCAGUGCAAGAAGGAGCCAACUGGAGAUUUUCUCCAAGUCAGGAGAGGGAGAGAAUACACAUAUAACAAGAAAGAGAACAAUAUUUUCUCAUCACCUUUGACUUUUCAACAUGGGGAAUUCUAAGAGUGGUGCUCUGUCUAAGGAAAUUCUGGAGGACCUGAAGUCCAGCACUAAGUACACAGAGGCUGAACUGUGUGUCUGGUACCAGUCCUUCCUCAAGGAAUGCCCCACAGGCAGGAUCACCAAGGAGCAGUUUGAGGGCAUCUAUGCCAGCUUCUUCCCCGAUGCAGACCCUACUGAGUAUGCUCGGCAUGUCUUCAGAAGCUUUGACACAAAUGCGGAUGGUCAACUAGACUUUAAGGAAUAUAUUGUGGCCCUGCAUCUUACCUCCGGAGGCAAGACACUGCAGAAGUUAGAAUGGGCCUUUGCCCUCUACGAUGUGGAUGGAAAUGGCACCAUUAGUAAAAAUGAGAUUCAAGAGAUUGUUAAGUCAAUAUUUAACAUGAUUCCUGAUGAAGACCAAAUGGACCUGCCUGAAGAUGAGAACACACCAGAUAAGAGAGCAGACAAAAUCUGGGACUUUUUUGGAAAGAAAGAAAAUGACAAGAUUGCAGAAGGGGAAUUCAUUCAAGGAGUGAUGGACAACAAGGAAAUUCUACGGUUGAUUCAGUUUGAUGAGCCUCAGAAAAUCAAGGACAAACUGAAAGAGAAGAACCAAUAACUUUCUGAAAAAUCAUUAUUUUUAUUUCUAUAAGACUGUUGAAAGCUACACUGUUUACAAACCCAACUCUCCUGCCUGACUUGGUUCUUUGUGCUCUAGACAUUAUAGUUCACAUUCAGGUAUUGCACAUGGUGUUGGGCAUGUGUAUUGCCUGUAAGCCAUGAAUCAACUGGUCUAUUCUUCCCUAUCAAAAAUUUCCACCCUAGUUAUGUUUUUUCUUCUUCUAGUUCUCAAUGUAAUUGUUAUAUUUCCAAAGCUGUGGUUGUCUGCUGCACGGUUCACUUCAAUUCAUUUGUUUAACAGAGAGAAAUCCAACAGGAAAAGAGCUCAUUGUGAAGGGAAUUAGUCUCCAGUUAACAAUCCCUGUCUUACUAUCAAUCCUAUUAGUUUGUGAAGGUCAGUUUACAGAAUCCAUCCAGAGGUUCUAAUGACAAUCAGGUCUAUGGACCGUGUGAUAUAAUGUGCUUACCAGGACUGAUCCUUGCACAAUGCACUCUGCUUGUUUUCAACUGGUAGACAAAAGGAAGAAGAGUUGAAUCUUGUUGACAUUGUCAUAAUACUGUCAAAAAUUUCCGAAAUGGAUAUAAAAUCACUGAUAAAACAACAACAUAUAGGGGUUUCCAAAAAUCUGAAUAUAUAUAUAUAUACUCUUAUAUAUGGACAGAUACACAAACGCUAUAUUUAUAUCUAACGUAACAUGCAGAUUGGCCUGUAGAGUACACAUGAUACAGUGUUUGUAAUAUAAUGUUGUUUUUGAACUAUUCAGUACAUUCCAAAGAGCAGUACCAUUGCAUGCUUGCUUUCAUAUAUUGUCUGCCUGGUUCUAGGGGAAUAAUAUUUCUUUGUUGGUUGCAUUUUUAUUUGCUUUAAAUAAACUUGUAUUUAAAAGUAUAAAGAAUUUAUGUUUUGAAACAUGAUAUGAACCCAUAUUUUAUCACAAAUAUGGUUUCACUGACAUUAUUCAUAAUAUAUUAUAAAAUACUGUCAACUCAAGAAGUAUUGGCACCAUUCUUGAAAUUAGAGCAAAACGAAUCCAAAACAUUCACACACGAUCAGUGAGUCACAUGUUGGGCUAAACAUAACAGACAGCCAUAUACUUUUCUCAACACAAAACAUUUCAAUAAGUAGUAUUACUCGUAAAAAACUUAGGUUUCAAUAUUAUUGGCACCCAUACAAUUAAUAUUUUUGGGGGAUCUGGGACCACUCCUCCACGCAGCACAUUUCAAUAUCGUUGAUAUUCUUAUGCUUGUGCUUGGGGACUGCCAUCUUCAGUUCAGAGACACAGAUGGCCAUUGUAAAAAAUAAAUACAAAAUGUAUCGUCCUGCAGGCAUUUUUAUGUCCAUUUUGCUAUAUGUUUGGGGUCAUUUUCUUGUACAACCAGGUUUUGGAUUAAAAUAUCAUGGUACAUAGUGGAAUUCUUUAUAACAUCGAUCUUAACAAGAGUCCCCUUUCCAUUAGUAGCAAAACAUCCUGGACCACAAUAUGCCUCAAAGCAUUAAUGAUCCACCACCAUGUUUUAUUGUGGAUAUCAGGUGCAUUUCCUUAUAUGUACUCCCCUUUUGUUGCCAAACAUGCUGAUGGUGUGCAUAGUCAAAAAUUAGCCAAAAUUUGUUCACAAUACACAAAAUCAAUUGUUGUUCCAAUAACGCAUGCCAAAGUUCCGGUGCUUCUUGGCAAAUUUGCAACUGUUCCAGACUUCUGAAACUUCUGAUUAUUGCCCUGACUGUACACACUGUGGUGUUUUCAACUGUUUAUGUAUUUUUGUUAUCCUUUACCUAACCUUUUUAGGUCAACAAGCAUCUGUCUUCUUUCAGCUGAAAGCUCUUUGGUUUUACCUUUGGUGAUGGAUGACAAAGGAUUUUCACGUGUGCACCCUAAUAGUUAUAAUCGAGGGAAACAGGCGCAGGUUAAAGGCAUCAAAACAAUACACUUCCUGGAGACUGAGACAAUGAAAAAGCAUACAGUUUCAGUUUCAUUAUUUGGUUUUAUUUAAUAUUUUCUUAAGGGGUGUCAGUACUUUACUAUACUAAAAACAAUGUUUUUCUGGAAUAAUCUUACUACUCAAUAAAAAAAAUUCUGUUUAAGAGAUUAUUGUUUUGUUAUAAAAGUAUCCUGCUCCCACA